AUGUCAGAAACCCCAGACUAUCACAUGAACGGCAAGACUGAUACCGUGUCUCCGCCAGAUGACCUGGCCACGAACACGAAGGGGUCCGGCUUGGAUGGCAGCAGUAGUGGCGGGAACAACCAGUCAAACCCCCCACCGCCCAUGAAACCUGGAAGGAGACCUGUGGCAUGUAAGAAAUGCCAUUCUCUAAAGGUAAAAUGUACACCAGCGGACCUAAAUAACCCGGCAGGACCAUGUAUUCGGUGUGUGAACAGCAAGAGAGAGUGUGAAAUCGAUCUCAAUCAAACAAGAAAACGAAGACGGCGUACUCGUGCCGCGAUUGAAGGUGACUCGGUCAUGCAUCUGAACUCAGACAUUGGCGUUUCUUCAAACUCUCCUGGUGGAGCCACAUAUGCUUCCAUGGGCUCUGGCUCCGGCUCUGGCAAUACUUCUAAUACCAUGGACCAAACGGUGUUGGUGUCACAACUUCAAGAUCAAAUCCGCCACCUUACAUCAGAAUUACAAAGAGCACAGAAUCAAUCACUGACCCAAUCUCAAAAUUCCCCACAACCAAAUAGAAUGUAUACUCCACCGUCUAUAUACAUCUCAAAGAACGAUUUAGAGUCAGAAAUAUCGUUAUUGUGCAACUCUUCACUGGUGGUUCUCACCGAUCUAACCACUUCGCUAAAGGAAACGGCCGAUAGAAGAGCAUUUCUCUUGAAAGGGCUCUCUAAAAGUGUUGAUGUGGUGUCAAUGGGACUUUUAACCAUUGAGGAUGCCACCUUCAGACUCAAUCUUUACAAGAACACCAUCUAUGUGGCACAUCCAUUUGUCGAAAUCAAGGACGAUGUGACGGUCCAUGAUCUUCGAGCUUCUCAUCCGUACUUAUUCAAUGCCAUCAUGUCUGUCACCAAUGCCAUUUAUACCAAACCAAUUGAAUUGGAUAGUUCCUUGGCGAUUGAUAACGCCGCCAUCCAAUCUGUCACCACCGAGGUGCUUGUGGCAGGACUGAAGAGUGAUGAGCUUGUUCAAUCGCUUCUUCUUCUUUCUCUUUGGUAUAAUACCCCGGAACUCUUCCGUCAUAGAAGAUAUCAUCUUCUCAUUUCCUUAUCGGUCACCAUGCUCCAUGAUUUGGGGAUUGUUGGGAAACCAACCUAUAGUUAUAAUAAGGGUAGCGGCACAGUUAUAGAAAGAACUGGAGCUGGACAAGUUGUGGGUGGAUCAAGUCUCAAACCGAGUUCCAAAGAACAAUACACGCUAGUCGAAUACAGGAAACUUAUCAUGAUUCUUUAUUAUUCAACCGUUUCCAUUUGUCUCAUUCUCAGACGUACCAUCUAUGUUAAAUGGACUCCAUAUGUUGAAGAGAGUUGUCAGGUUUUGGAAAGAUCUGGAGACCCAGUUUUGGAAGAAGUGGCACUUUUUCUGAGACUUAGUCAUCAAUUGGAACGUAUACAUCAUAUUGUGCAUGCCCCCGAUGUACCUGAAUAUAAGACAUCAGCUGGUCAAUACAUCACUCUGGAACUCCAGAAACAUCUCAAUGUUAUCAAGGAAAAAAUUAACCCCACCAAUUACCCCUUUAUGGCAUUUUAUUAUUCAGUUGAGGCGUACUUACAUGAACCAAUGCUUGGACAUAUUCUUACAUCUGGUGACAAUCAGAAUCUUCGUCUUUCUGCAGAAUCGAUUGCAUCCAUUGGUAUUUGUACCAGGUCUUGUCUUAUGGCCCUUGAAACGUUUAAUAGAAUGGCUCCUGGAGAAAUCGCAAAUAUCCCCCUUUUCUAUGCUUCAAGAAUCAUUUACACGGCGGGAAUGCUUCUCAGACUCAGAUAUCUUAUUCUUUCGCUUCCCCUGCACAUUGAGAAGGAUAUGGUCCCACUGCAAGCGAUUUAUGUGAUCCAGAAAUUAAACUCAUUGGUGGCAGAGGCGUCCAAAAUCCAUCCAUGUAACCAUUUCUUGAAAAAGACUAGAUUGGUGAUAUCCUUAUUCAUUCAAACGUAUGCAACUCAAGUACAAGAGCUCUUGAGAAAGAACGGUCAAACUCCGGAUAAUUUCAGGGCUCCUUUACUCAAUAAGAAGGAACGCCUGGAAAUGGAAAGAUUAAAUGAUAUGUAUGCCACUAAUAGAGGUGGAGGAGUCAUGACUCAUGAUCUGGGGAAACCUUUCCCACCACAUGUCCCAUUGGAUAUAUUAUCGUAUGCAGCUUCAUUUAGAAAUGCUAACUCGGGUAAUAGCCCUACUUCAAGUGGACUUCCGCCACCUCUGCCACGGGGAGAUCUUUCGAGAACACCCAACCCUCCUAAAAUUCCAUCUCCGUCAUUUUUGAGGUUCAAUUCAUAUGGAGAAGAAAGAAAUGCUCCUUCGCAGCCAACACAACUCAGUGGGGAUGUCAUUGCCGCCAAUAAAAAUACCACUGAUAAUCAAAAUGACGGUAUGGUGGCAACUCAAGCCUCUUUAUCUGGAAAUAACGGUACACCAGAUUUAAAGCGUAAUUCUGUAACAUUCAAUCGACCAUCGGAUACUUUGGAUUUCCCCGUUGGCAAUAAUAUACCCAUGGAAUCUAAUAACCCCAUGCCAGCACCCUCUACUGGUCGUUACCUUGGUUCGAUCCUUAAUCCCAAUUCAAAUUUCCCAGCGCCGGUAGCUGGAACUCCAUCCAUGGAACCUAACCACAAGGUGAAUUUAGCUAAUGCAGACCAACUAGAAUCGUCUUACUUGGCUCUUAAUGACGAGUUCUGGGUUGAUCUUCUCAGCUCCGACAAAGAUAGGAUCAAUUUCUCCAAUAACAUUAAUAGCCAAAUUACGGAGCUGUUCUUUAUGUAA